AUGUCGACCAACAUUGUCACAACCAAGCCAGGCCUGGCAAAUUCUGCUUCUGAACCUACUGUUCGUGCAGCCCGCGCUGCGCUCGACAAAGCAACUCAGUACUCGUUUGAGCACAUGAAAGAUGACAAUCACUGGUGCGGCGAAUUGAAAUCCAAUGCAACCAUCACAGCCGAAUAUGUUUUCCUUCGACAAGCUCUCGGAUUAGACCUGACUUCGCAAGCACAGCCCCUCAUCCGAUGGCUGCUAUCCCAGCAGAAUCCAGAUGGUUCGUGGGGGAUUGCGCCGCACUAUCCUGGUGACGUUUCGACCUCGACCGAAGCGUACUUUGCCCUCAAAAUGCUGCGACUUCCACCUGAGUCCUCCGCCAUGCGCCGGGCCGCGGAGUACAUCCGGAGUGUCGGCGGUAUUGCCCAAGUCCGCAUUUUCACGCGGUUUUACCUGGCGAUGUUUGGCCUCUUCCCCUGGGCGGCGGUCCCUGAGCUGCCGGCGGAACUCAUCUUCAUGCCUGCCUGGGCGCCGAUCAAUAUCUACAGGUUUGCCUCGUGGGCGCGGAGCACGAUAGUGCCUCUUCUGAUUGUCUCGCAUCACCGUCCGAUUUAUCCCCUCCCCAAAGACAUCGUGGCCAAUGGCACUUAUCUCGACGAGCUGUGGCUCGACCCUGCUGAUAAGAUGGUUCCCUACCAGCGGCCUGCCAGUACCACUGGGACGAGCUAUCUGGCCAUGGUGUUUCUGGUUAUCGAUCGUGUAUUGCAUUUCCUGAAUGGUUUUCGCUUCUUUCCCACCAGAGGCUACAGUCGUCGCAGCUGUGUCCGUUGGAUUCUCGACCACCAAGAGGACUCUGGAGACUGGGCAGGCAUCUUCCCGCCGAUGCAUCUCGGCUUGCUGGCUUUGACGCUCGAAGGCUACGCGAUCACCGACCUUCCGGUAGUGAAAGCGCUGGAGGCGGUCGAGCGAUUUGCAUGGGAUGACCAUCGCGGUCGACGCAUGCAAGCCUGCGUCUCCCCAACAUGGGACACAAUCCUCAUGUCUAUUGCGUUGUGCGAUGCGGCACACCCCCGAGACAGCAAACGAUUGCAAUCCGCGAUCAACUGGAUUCAGAAUCACCAGCUCACACAGAAUUACGGCGACUGGCAGGUCUACAGCCCCAAGACCAUCCCAGGAGGCUUCAGCUUCGAGUACUUCAACACCUGGUAUCCCGAUAGCGACGACACUGCAGCCGCCAUCAUCGCCUUUCUCAAGCAUGGAUCCAGCGCGACGGACAACAACAUCGUUCGCGCGGUGCGCUGGAUCCUCGGGAUGCAGAACCAGGACGGCGGCUGGGGAGCAUUUGACAUCGACAACGACGCGCUCUUUCUGAACCAGAUCCCCUUCAGUGAUAUGGAUAGCCUGUGCGACCCCUCGUCUGCGGACGUCACCGGACGUGUGCUGGAAGCGUUCGGCCUACUUCUUCAGAGUCCGGUCGCUCAACGCGUGGGCCCGAAGCUCCUGGCGCAGAUGUCCGCGGCCUCGGACCGCGCGAUUCUGUACCUUGCUGACGAGCAGGAGCCGAACGGGGCGUGGUAUGGCCGGUGGGGAUGCAAUUACAUCUAUGGAACGAGUAAUGUGCUCUGCGGGUUAGUUUAUUUCCGGAAGCACGAUAGUCGCGUUUCGAAUAUGGCUUCUAGAGCGGUGCAGUGGGUUCUGUCGGUCCAGAAUGCGGACGGGGGAUGGGGCGAGAGCCUCGAGACUUACCGGUCCAGCAACUGGACCAGCAUCGAUCAUCCUUCUACCGCGUCGCAGACAGGGUGGGCUGUCAUGGCUUUGCUGCCGUAUCUGGCUUCCGGUGGCACUGCUAUUGAGCGAGGUGUCAGCUAUCUGCUCCAGACUCAGUCGAAGGGAGACAGUGGGAGGGGCGCCACCUGGGAGGAGACGCGGUUCACAGCAACAGGGUUCCCAAGAUUCUUUUAUAUCGGCUAUGCCUUUUAUGCUCACUACUUCCCGAUGAUGGCAUUAGGACGGUAUGUGCAGUUGGCUGGAGGUGGAAGUCUGGGAAUCGCGUCGGAGAAAGAGAUUUGCUGA